AUGGAGGUGGGCACGUUGAUCGACUGCCAACGGGAGAUCCACGUCCGCAUCUCACGCUCAGUGGAAUAUUUGAGGAAGCUGGGCAACGCCAACAUUACCUCCAGUGCCGUCAGUACACGCACCCGAAUCCUCGACCAGCUUUGGACGAAAUUUGAGGCUCAGCACGACCUCAUCCGCGCUGCGCUGAAAGAAAGGUUCAGUGACAGCGAUUACUUCAAAUCAGGGUUACACGAAGAUACCGAGAACCUGUACGUAACGCAGCGGAGCACAUUGGAUGACUACGCCGAGGGAUUCGCAUCGACGCCCAUGCGUCCAGCCACCGACGUCGCAUCACGAUCUUCGCUGCCACGCAUCAAGGUACCACAGUUCUCUGGCACCUACGCAGAUUGGCCAUCCUUCAGGGAUCUUUUCCUUUCCAUUGUCGGGAACAAUGGGUCAAUCUCAAAAAUUGAGCGUCUUCAUCACCUGCGCUCAAGUGUGACCGGAGAAGCUGAAAAAUUAAUCAGAUCGUUACCUGUCAUCGGCGAUAAUUACGAUCGCGCUUGGGCGAUCUUGAGCAAACACUACGAGAAUAAAAGAGAACUCAUCCGCUCCAAUUUUGCCGCAUUCGUCAAUGUGUCCAAGAUGAAGGGAGAUACCGCCGACGAGCUGAGCCGCAUCCACAACGUCGUCACCACCGUCGUCAACGCGCAGGAGAGCAUCGGUCGCCCGAUCGACACGCACGGGAUGGACCUCUUCAAUUACUUGGUCACUGAACUCUUUGACUCAACCACCCGUCUCGAAUGGGAAUCAUCCACAUCGGGAUCCACUGAACCACCAUCACACGAGACACUUCUCGACUUCAUCGGCCGCAGAAUUCUGACGCUCAACGCCGCACGACCAAAGGGAGUCACCAAAGUUUCAGGAGAUACAACCCGAAGCGCGAGAUCCCACGUCACUAAGCACGGACCGAUAACCCCACAAUGUGCACUGUGUCGCGAGAAACACGCCCUCAUGGCCUGCCGAGACUUCAAGGCCAAGUCCUCAGCGGAACGCAGAGCCUUCGUGGAAACGCACAAGCUCUGCUACAACUGCCUGGGGAACCACUUUAUCUCACGGUGCCAAUCGAAGAAGGCCUGCCUCACUUGCAACGCACGUCACCACACGAUGUUGCACGGGGCAUCCACCACGUCUUCAUCGUCGGAGAUCAACACUCCUGCCACCGCAUCAGUUUCCACACUUGCCACGACACUAGCCGCUACACAUCAGAACGAGGAUCGAAAGGCCGUCCUCUUAGCAACUGCGCGCGUCCACAUCGCUGACAGGCAUGGAUUUCCGCACUCAGUGCGAGCUUUGCUCGAUCAGGGUUCCGAGCUAUCCAUUGUCUCCGAGACAGUGGCGCAACGCUUGCGACUACCUCGAGCGCACACGGGACUAUCCAUCUCCGGGGUCGGAGGAGCCCGCCCAGGACCAAUCCGCGGCAAGAUCACGUUGAAGGUAACGUCAGACGUGACCAACGCCGAGCUCUCCGUGGUGGCUUAUAUCCUGCCGCGCCUCGUGAUGACACAGGGCCCCACCUCAAAGACGGAUAAACGCUGGCCUCAUAUCCAGGGACUUCAGCUGGCCGACCCCAACUUCCAGGACGACGACCCGGCUGAACUGCUCCUAGGAGCGGAGGUCUGCUCCUUCAUAAUUGAGGAGGGCGUACGCAAGGGCGGUCCAGAAAUGCCGAUCGCCCAGAAAACUAUCCUGGGUUGGAUUCUCUCCGGGGGAUCUGAUGCAGCAGCAACCGCGGAUCACCGACGCACGCUCCGUAUCACUGCUGAUUACGACCUCGCUGACCUGGUGCGUCGAUUCUGGGAACAGGAACAGGAGCCCACCGCUGUCACGUCUCUCACCCCCGACGAACAAGGGAGCGAGGAGCUCUUUGUGCGCAGUCACACUCGCACUGCCUCUGGGAGAUACAUGGUGAGGUUGCCGUUCUCCUCACCACCGACAAAACUGGAGGAGACUCGCAAGCCAGCGGAACGUCUUCUGAUGGCCAUGGAGAGACGCUGCAUCCAGGACCCUCGCUUUGGUGAUCUCUACCGGAGCUUCCUGCGCGAGUACGAGGACCUACAACACAUGACGAAGUUAGCCACGGCGUCGACUGACCGGCAGGGCAAGUGUUACUUACCGCAUCAUGGGGUCUUCAAGGAAUCCAGCACCACCACCAAGUUGAGAGUCGUGUUCAACGGAUCGCAGCGAACACGAGCCGGGGAAUCGCUGAACACGCACCUCCACACCGGCGCAAACCUCCUUCCGCCGCUAGCCGACGUGCUGCUCCGAUGGCGUCAACACCGCUACGUCUUCGUCGCCGACAUAGAAAAAAUGUACCGGCAGAUUCUCGUGCAUCCAGACGACUGCAGUUUCCAGACGAUCCUGUGGCGGCACUCUCCUGACGAUGAAGUGCAUGAAUACCAACUGAGGACGGUCACCUACGGCCUCAGUUGCGCUCCAUUCCUCGCCAUACGGACUCUUCAGCAACUGGCCAAGGACGAGGAAGAACAUUUUCCUCGCGGCUCGGUGGCCUUGCGACGGGAUUGUUAUGUCGACGACGUAGUCACCGGAGCAACCACGCUCGACGAAGCAAUCGUGCUUCAGGAGGAGCUACGCAACCUCUGCAAGGCGGGCGGGUUCCCGUUACGAAAAUGGGCAGCCAACCACGAAGAGAUCCUAACUGGCGUUCCUCAGGAUCAUCGUAUGCAGCAGUCCCAGCGUGCAUGGGAAGGAGAGAGUCACUCAACGCUAGGACUUCGAUGGCAUCCUCAAGAUGAUGAGUUCUCCUUCACACUGCUUCCACCGUCCGUAGAGAAAUAUACGAAGAGACGGGUUCUCUCUGAAACCGCACGGCUCUUCGAUCCAUUGGGUUGGCUCGCUCCUGUCGUCAUCCGCGCGAAGAUCCUCAUCCAAACUACGUGGCUUCAGGGGUUAGAUUGGGAUGCUCAACUGCCGCCAGCCGACGCUCAUCGUUGGCAGCAACUGCUGGGUGGCCUCCAUCUCCUCGACCGCCUGAGGAUGCCUCGCUGGCUCGGCACGGGCGAUGUGGACUCAUCGCUGCAGCUACAUGGCUUCGCCGACGCGUCCGAGCGCGGGUAUGCUGCCGCCGUGUACCUCCGCAUCGCUGGAAAAAAUGAAACGUCAGUGACACUACUAAUGGCCAAGAGCAAGGUGGCACCUGUCAGGCAAGUGACCUUGCCGAGACUCGAGCUCUGCGCCGCCGCCUUACUCACCACACUGACUCAGCAUGUGCAACGCACGCUCAACUUGGGAGAUGCACCCACGCAUCUGUGGACGGACUCGAAGGUCACGCUCCAGUGGAUCCAGGGACACGCCUCGCGAUGGAAGACCUUCGUUGCCAACCGGGUGUCUCACAUCCAGACCCUACUGCCGAACGCACUCUGGAGACAUGUGGCUGGUCGAGACAACCCUGCGGAUUGUGCAUCGAGGGGCAUUAGUCCGUUGGAAUUGGUAAAUCAUACGUUAUGGUGGACAGGACCUACCUGGUUGCUGGAGGAAGAGGCGGCAUGGCCGCUCACCGAAGUGGACACCCGAGAAGACAACCUUAUCGAGAGACGAGCCGGCAGCCUGAUGACGAGGAGCUUGGUCGUCAUGGAACCUGAGCUCCUCCUCCGCUUUUCGUCGUUGAACCACCUGCUACGAGUCACAGUAUGGUGUCGUCGCUGGCUUCGCACUGUUGCACCAACUGUCACCCCUGGACAGCCACCCACCGCAGACGAAUUAGACGGAGCUCUAUCACACUGGCUACGAGAGGUACAAGCACUCCACUUCCCUGACGAGGUCACCGCUGUUUCUGCAGGCCGCACUGUCGCAACACGCAGUCCGUUGGCCAAACUAGCUCCAUUCGCCGAUACACGUGGCGUGUUGAGAGUAGGAGGACGCUUAAAAAAUUCGCUCUUGUCACAGGACGAGAGACAUCCGAUGAUUGCGCCAACAACUUCAUGGCUGACUCGACUGUUGAUCGAUGCUCAUCACCGCCGGACCUUGCACGGAGGGGUGCAGUUGACCCUAGGCUUGCUUCGACAGCGUUUCUGGAUACCCCGAGGACGUGCAGCGGUAAAACAGCGGCUUCAUCGCUGUGUCACGUGCACAAGGUGGCGAGCGACGACACCACAACCACCCAUGGGCAGUCUGCCACGCAGCAGGGUCACGCCAACGCGACCAUUCCUCCGCACUGGACUGGACUACGCGGGACCAAUCCUCAUUCGGACCAGCAAAGGUCGCGGCCACCGCGCCUACAAGGGCUACAUUGCACUCUUCAUCUGCUUCUGGUCGAAGGCCAUCCAUCUAGAGCUCGUAUCGGACUACUCGUCGGAAGCUUUUAUCGCCGCCCUUCGUCGAUUUGUCUCUCGACGAGGUCUCUGUGCCGACAUCUUCAGCGACUGCGGCACGACCUUCGUCGGAGCCGACCGCACCCUACGGGAACUCUUUAUUGCAGCGUCUUCGGAGGGUGAAGGAAUCGCACGCGCAGCCGCCAAGGAAGGCAUCCGCUGGCACUUCAAUCCGCCGGCGGCUCCGCAUUUCGGUGGAUUAUGGGAGGCUGCAGUCAAGUCAGCUAAGUACCAUCUGCGGAGGGUGAUAGGCGAAACCACCCUCACUUUCGAAGAACUGAGUACCCUCCUCACUCAAAUCGAGGCAUGCCUCAAUUCUCGACCAUUGCAGGCACUCUCGGACGAUCCAGACGAUGUUUCAGCACUAACUCCUGGACAUUUCCUGAUCGGGGCGCCCCUUCUCGCCAUCCCUGAGCCACCGCAGGGAGGCGAACAUGGAGACACGAGAUCGCGAUGGCAACACCUCCAGCAAAUGAGAGAGCACUUCUGGGGGAGGUGGUCGAAGGAAUAUAUCCACGGACUCAAUCCACGCACUAAGUGGCUCAAGGCCGAGGCCGCACCCCACGUCGGUGAUCUUUGCAUCCUGCGUUCGGAGCUCACCCCCCCGACCCGAUGGCCUCUCGCCCGGAUCACGAGGUUGCAUCCCGGGAACGACGGUAUCGUCCGCGUGGUGACAAUCCGCACCGCCACUUCUGAGCUUGUGCGCCCGCUCGUCAAGCUCGUCUUGCUGCCGCGCGCGGAUCCCCUUCCGAGCAUAAACAGCGCGGACGUGCCGGCCGUCAGCCCGUAA